AUGAUUGUGCCGGAAGAGACGGACUUUGCUGAACCAGAGCCCAGCUUACUGGCCAGGGUGGACAUUGGCAGAGUAGCAGGGAUGGAAGCCCCCGACCUUUGGCUGGUGCUGCUCCUGCUGGCUCUCCAAUGCCCAGGGACUGCAAAUAUUCCAGCACAGAAUCCUCCUCGGCAUCAAGUGAACGGCAUCCGGGGAGGAUCAGUCUUGCUUCGUGUAUCAAUAACCUCUUCUCAAACAGUGGCCAAAAUUGAAUGGAAAUUUCAGCCCCAAACUGGCCUCACACUUGUGAUCGCUGAAUUCAUCAGUGGAAAAUUGAAGCGGCCCAAUCCCAGAGACAGAUUCGGGCAACGGCUAGAAAUGGCGGAUGAGGCCACGCUGAGGAUUGUAGAGCUGGAGCCGGGGGACCGGGGGGUCUACAAGGCCCGUGUGAGGCUGGCCUCUGCUGUGGUCGAAGAGCAUUCAUUCCACUGCACUGUACACGAGCCAUUGCCAGAACCGCAGAUACGCCACCGCCUGGUCUCCAGGACUGCCGAUGCCUGCAACGUGACCUUGCAGUGCCCGGUGUCUGAAAAGGGGGGAAUUAAUGUCUCCUGGAGAAGAGGGAAGCAGCUUCUUGCCCUAGAAGCGGGUUCGGACUGGUACUGGCUCUCUGCCGCAGACACGGAUCUCCACUUGUCAUGGCGGCCCAGCUCCUCAGACUCCAUUUUCACCUGCCUGCUCAGCAACCCUGCCGAUCAGAGGAGCGUCUCCGUCGACUUGCUCAGCAUCUGCCAGAGUGAGGGCACUGGGGGCAAUCCGGCAGAGAAUCCGCCCUGCCAGGUGAACGGGAUCCGGGGAGGAUCUGCCCUGUUUCCUCUGAUGGUACCUUCGACACAAAGGGUGGACAGAAUUGAGUGGUUCUUUCAAGGGGGGUCCAGCCCAGAAAUUCUGACUGCCACAUUCAGGGAUGGAAAACUGGAGCGGCAAAAUACCCGUGACGGGUUUGGGCAGCGGCUAGAAAUGGCUGGCGAGACCAGGCUACGGAUCAGGGCCCUGGAGCAGGAGGACAGCGGCCUGUUCAAAGCCCGCGUUCUUUUUGCCACUGCUGAAAUUCAUGAGCCGACCUUCCGCCUCACCAUCUUUGAGCCUGUCCCAGACCCUCAGAUACGCCACCGCCUGGUCUCCAGGACUGCGGAUGCCUGCAAUGUGACGCUGCAGUGCCUGGCACCUGAAAGGGGGGGAAUUAACGUCUCCUGGAGAAGAGGGAAGCAGCUCCGUGCCCUAGAAGGAGCUUCGGACUGGUACCGGCUCUCUGCUGCAGACACGGAUCUCCACCUGUCUUGGCUGCCCGACUCCUCGGACUCCACCUUCACCUGCCUGUUCAGCAACCCUGCUGAGCAAAGGAACGUCUCCUUUGACUUGCUGAGCAUCUGCCAGAAUGAAGACGGCGGGACCCUCCUCUGGCUGAGGUUGGCCAUCUUGGUGGGGCUGCUGGUGCAGAUUGUUGCUGUUGCCUCAUUGAACAUCCUGGAAAGGAUGGGGCAGGAACAGAACUGAAUGGCUGCGGGCACAGUGGCCUGUGCUGGACACCAGAGGUGGCAUGAGGGGCGAAGGAUGGGCCCCUGCCAAGAUCCUUCCAGGCACGCAGCACACUUUGCAGAACUGGCAGUCGGACACCUGGCGUCAGUCUGGGCAGGGCUCCCACCAUCUCACACACUCCCUUGUCCAGAGAUUUGGGGUAUGUUUGCACAACUUUCCCCAAGAAAAGAUGGUCAGACUAGGGGGGAGGGCGGCAAGAUGCCACUGGUGCCCCCCCACCCCGCCCACUACCAGCC